AUGGACUACUGGAUGCUCCCGAUCGUGUUGAUUCGACUCAGCCGCUGUGCAUCAGCCGCCUUGCUGUCGUUGACGAACACCACCUGGGUUAAGUAUUUGUCAAACGAAGUCGUCGGCAAUGAGUCCGGACCACGGUACGAUUUGAGCUCUUUCGUCUUGUUGGAGACUCUUGUCCAUGAAGAAGUGGUGCACAUCAAGAAGAACCCCCAUACCCUCCACACAUACUGUGAUUGGAAGCGUUCAUGCAUGGCUUGGCGCUUGGCGCUGGUGCGAUUCCCGCGGCGGGAGACACUGCUGAGCUAUUCAAUGGGAAGCCUUCCGCCCUUUCUAGUCGCGGAGGUGCGUCUUGCCUUCAGCACGUGCUCGAGACGAUAUGCGGCAACCAAGCAUGCUCGAUUUAGCACUUCCCGUCCACUGUAUCAGAAGUUCAAGCCCCUGCCGGUCGAGAAGAAGAAGCAGAAGAAGAAUGAACGAGUUCCGAUCCAGGUAGUCUACGCACGACAGCAAGCACAGCAACAAUUGGAGGGAACUCGUACGGCCCUACCACAACAGUCAGAAGCUAGUACCGAACUUGUCGUGCCUCAACAAGAGGACUGGGCGCUUGAUGGUGGACGAAAGGUGGAGGUGCCAUUGAAGGUGAUACCCAAGGCUGAGAUCACCCCAAACUUGACUCUGUCGCCCGAGGAACGACUGCAUAUUGAACAGCUUACACGGAGGCCGCCUGCGCCGGUCGAGCCGAAAGUGCACAAGAAAAGACUGCGGAUCUAUAGCGCGGGCAGGGGCAGGAUUUACAUGAUGACGCUCCUACGAUAUGCAUCCAUCAUCGGCCUGUUAUUUCUCACUGUCAUUGUUGCCCCUGCCCACUGGGUGAAUGGGAGUUCUGCAUUGAUGGUUGCUGGCCUAUGGCUGGCGGGUGCUUUCCCCUUCGUCUUCAUCAGCUGGAUAUGCAGACCAUGGUGACCGAGGUCUUCCACCAGCAUACAACACCGCAUGCAACAAUAUGGAAGCAGGACCGAAGACGCAAAUGGAAUUGGAGCUCAAAUCAAAAGUUUCGACAUGUUCCCAUUUUUUAGGCAGAGAUUUCAAAAACACCAUCCCAGGCAAAGAUAAUUAGGUGGGUACUGCAUGUUGUUGUUGUAUCUACGAACGAUGAUCUCUGGAUGCGCUACAUCGGUCUUCGAUUUAGGUCAUCAUCCAAUGACCGUCUUAUCCCUGAUCUUUCCAAUCUGCCUGAUUUUGAUUUCGACCAUAUCUCCGUCCUUGAGCCACGCGGGUGGUUUCGAGAAAGCCGCCACCCCGGACGGAGUCCCCGUCAUCACGACGGUGCCCUCUCUCAGCGUCGUUCCGCGACUCAGAUGCUCGAGGAUCUGCGGUAUCGUGGACAGCAGGCCACCCGUGUUGGAGUUUUGACGUUCUUCUCCAUUCACCGUCGUUUUCAGGUCGAGACGGGGGUCGGGGAUCUCAGACGUCGAGACAAUCACCGGGCCGAUGGGCCCAAAUUGGUCAAAGGACUUUGCAUAGCCAUGCUGACCGCCGGACCGCUCGGGCAUUUGCCAGUAUCGCGAGGAAACGUCGUUGCCCACGGUGGACCCGAGUCAAUUGUCCUCGACGCUGUUCUCGGCACUACUGCAGUUCCUCACGUCCUUGCCGACGAUGAAGGCCAGCUCCCCUUCAUGGUCGAGGACUUGGCAGGCGGGGUCAACGUGGACGUGGUCAUAUGGGCCCGCGAGGGCGCCUACAAUCCCCUCUUGAUUAGAUUUGAGACGGGCAAAAUACGGCUGGAUGGACAGUUUACCUGGCGGCUUGGUGAAGACGGUCGGAAAUGGCGGUACAUCUUAUUUGGCUUCGGCUAUGUGUCCCUUGUAGUUCAACCCGAUGCCGUAGAAGAUGGGCGUGGAGGCCAGUGGGC